AUGAAAAUUGAAGACAGAUACGGAGACGAUAUGAACACUUGCAGUAUUUCAGACAAGAUUGGGUUUGCCUCAGCUGCUACUACAACCUUUCAGAUAAGCGAGCCUCGAAGACAAAGAAAGCCAUCCACAUGCUGCAGUAGGGCAGCCCUUGUCAUGUACCUGCUGCUGCUGACGGCUGGCCAGGCGCUGCUGGCAUACAAAGUGUUUAAGAUGCAGAGAGAGAUACUGAAAUGUCAAGAACAAAAUACCUCCUACACAGAAGAGGUUCUGGAAAGCUCCUUUGCCGACAAACUGGUUUUGGGGAGAAACCCUAUAAAAAAGCACAUGGAAGAUGAAGAAAACUGGAGGAGAAGCUUAGAAAAGGAAAUCACCAUAAUGAAAAGCAGCAGUGCAAACCUGAUGAAGAUGAUGAACAACAUCACCCUGGUUGCAGGACCUCCUGGACGCAAAGGGGAUCCUGGCACACCAGGGCUACGGGGACCACCAGGGACAAAGGGAGACCAAGGCUUCCAGGGACUGCAGGGAGCAAAAGGGAGCAAAGGAGACCCUGGUUCUGCUGGCCCAAGGGGUGAACAAGGAAUGAGAGGAGAAAAAGGAGAGGUGGGCCUUGCAGGUCUCCAAGGACAGAAAGGCGAAACGGGCAAGAAGGGAGACCCCGGGCCCCAUGGACCCAUGGGUCCUCAGGGACAUCAGGGAAUCCCAGGAGUGCCAGGUGUCAAAGGUAACACAGGGGAGCCUGGACAUCCUGGGCAGAAAGGAGAGGCAGGCGUAAACGGAGAACGUGGACCUGUGGGAAUUCCUGGCCUUGAAGGCAGACCUGGUCAGAAAGGGGAGAAAGGAGACCAUGGGCCCAGUGGUAGUGCAGGAAUACCAGGCACUGCGGGACUCAAAGGUGAAAAGGGAGACAGAGGAGUAACAGGUCUUCAAGGGCAGAAGGGAACAAAGGGAGACCAGGGCGUGUCAGGUAACCCAGGCCUAACUGGUCAAAAAGGAAGCAAGGGUGAUUACGGCAGUCGUGGUCCAAAAGGUGAACCAGGAGUGAAAGGAGCCAAGGGAGACCGUGGAUUCCUUGGUUCCCCAGGAAUAAAAGGGAGCAAAGGUGAAAAAGGCGAAGGCAACUUCAAUAAUUUAAUAAGAAUUGCGGAAGGGGGCAGGAGGGGCCGCGUGGAAAUCUUUUACCAAAGGACCUGGGGAACAAUCUGUGACGAUGGCUGGGACAUCCAAGACGCCACUGUGGUCUGCCGAAUGCUGGGAUACAGUCGUGCGAUCGCCAGCUUCACAGCCACAGCAGGCACUGGACAAAUUUGGCUUGAUGACGUGAAUUGCACCGGAAGAGAAAAUUCAAUUUUAGACUGUCCAAAGCCCAACUGGGGGGUGAACAACUGCUCCCACAGUGAGGACGCUGGUGUGGAGUGCAUUUGA